AUGUCUACCGAAGCCACCGCUAUCACCCCUCCUCCUCAGGAGCAGAUUGAGCAGCCCGUCAAUGGUUCUUCCCCGGCCAACGACCCUGCCUCUGACAGCGACAACAAUGGCUCUUCCAGCGCCGCUCCCAGCGCUACCACCCAUGCCGGGCACACCUCCGCCUCCCUCUACGUUGGGGAACUUGACCCCUCUGUUACCGAGGCCAUGCUCUUCGAGCUUUUCUCCUCCAUCGGAAGCGUUGCGUCUAUCCGUGUCUGCCGCGACGCUGUCACCCGCCGCUCUCUCGGGUACUCAUACGUCAACUACAACAACACCGCCGAUGGUGAGCGUGCUCUUGAAGAGCUCAAUUACACUUUGAUUAAGGGCCGUCCUUGCCGUAUCAUGUGGUCCCAGCGUGACCCUGCCCUUCGCAAGACUGGCCAGGGCAACGUUUUCAUCAAGAACCUUGAUACCGCAAUUGACAACAAGGCUCUUCACGAUACCUUUGCUGCCUUCGGAAACAUUCUUUCUUGCAAGGUCGCUCAGGACGAAUUCGGUAAUUCUCGUGGAUAUGGGUUUGUGCACUACGAGACUGCCGAGGCUGCUAACAAUGCCAUCAAGCAUGUCAAUGGCAUGUUGCUUAACGAGAAGAAGGUGUUUGUCGGUCAUCACAUCCCAAAGAAGGAUCGUCUCAGUAAAUUUGAUGAGAUGAAGGCCAACUUCACCAACGUUUAUGUUAAGAACGUUGAUCUCGAGUGCACCGACCAAGAGUUCAGGGAUUUGUUCGAGGCUUUCGGGCCUAUUACCUCUGCAAGCCUCACCAGGGACCCGGAAACUGGCGCCAGCAAGGGAUUCGGGUUUGUUAACUUCCAGGAGCAUGGUCACGCGAACGAGGCCGUUGAGAAGCUUCAUGAAAGUGACUUCAAGGGUCAGACUUUGUACGUCUCGAGGGCUCAGAAGAAGUAUGAACGCGAAGAGGAAUUGAGGAAGCAGUACGAGGCUGCCCGCGUGGAGAAGGCUAGCAAGUACCAGGGCGUUAACUUGUAUAUCAAGAACCUUGACGAUGACAUUGAUGAUGAGCGUCUCCGCCAGGAGUUCACCCCUUACGGAACUAUCACCUCCGCUAAGGUUAUGCGUGAUGAGCUUCCCCGUGAGGAGGCAGAGGCUGAGGAGAAGGAAGGUGAAGAUAAGAAGAAGAGGCUCGGAAAGAGCAAGGGUUUCGGGUUCGUUUGCUUCUCUAGCCCAGAGGAGGCUAGCAAGGCUGUCACCGAAAUGAACCAAAGAAUGGUGAAUGGUAAGCCUUUGUACGUUGCUUUGGCCCAGAGGAAGGAUGUCAGGAAGAGUCAGCUUGAGGCUAGCAUCCAGGCUAGAAACCACAUCAGGAUGCAGCAGCAGGCUGCCGCUGCUGGAAUGGGACCCACUGCAGGAUAUAUGAGCGCUCCAAUGUUCUACGGACCCGGUCAGCAGCCUGGUUUCCUUCCUCCCGGUGGUGGCCGUGGUAUGCCAUUCCCUCCUCAGCCCGGCAUGAUGCCACAGGGUAUGCCACAGGGUGGUCCGGGCGGUAGGGGUCCUCAAGGUGGUAACUUCCCUCCUAAUGGUGGUCGUGGCCCUCAGCCCAUGCCUCAGGGCAUGCCUCCUCAGGGAAUGUACGGCCCUCCUCCUACCAUGGUUCCUGGUGGCGGCCCUGGUUUCCCUCCUUACCCUAAUCCUCAGGCCAUGGCUCCUCAGGCGCAAGUUUCCGCCACUGGUCGUGGACGUGGUGGAAUUCCUCCUGCCGGCAUGCAGGGUGUUCCUCCACAGGGAAUGCCUAUGGGAAUGAGUCCCCGUGGACCUGCUUCUGCUGGUCGUGGUGCUCCUCGCGCCAAUGCUCCUCCUCAGCAGGCUGUUCGCCAGCCAAUCCCCGCUUCACAGGCGGCUCUUCCCCAGGUAUCUUCAAUUGACGUCAACAUGUUCGCUUCUCGCAGUCACCAGGAUCAGAAGCAGUUGCUCGGAGAGGCGCUGUACCCCAAGAUUCAAAAGCAGCACCCCGAUCUCGCCGGAAAGAUCACUGGAAUGUUGUUGGAAAUGGAUAACAUGGAGUUGCUUGCACUUCUUGAUGAUGAACCUGCUCUUCGUGCCAAGGUUGACGAGGCUCUUAGUGUUUAUGAUGAAUACGUGAAGGCCCGCAAGGAGGAGGACGCUCCCGCUGAAGCUAACGCCAGCACUAAUGAUAACGAGAAGGCCGAGGGUGAUGCGGCUAAGGAGUAA